UCCUAACAUAACGCGUCAGAUAGCAGACACCGAAGACCCCCAUUGUUAACCAGAUGAUUAUUCAUGCGUUAUUGUUGUCCACCCCUCCCUUAUUCCGCGCAUCAGUAUUGUCAGUUCUGCACCUUAUGGAUGUGGAAAGCCAACUCUUCCACGCGCAUUAUGGCCAACACUCAACAACAAGUUUCCAUUAGUCUGCCAGUGAUAACACUCAACAUACCAUCGGCUGAUAAUUGAUGCUGUUAGGAUCACUAACUACUAACAGUAAUAGUUAGCCCUUUUUACCCCAAUAUACAUAUAUAUUUUUUUUAACCAACAAACAUGGACACCAAAGUAAAGAGGAGUACGAUGACAGAAUUCUGGAAGGAGCACAGCCAUCAGGCCACGGUUGAAGAAAUGAUGUUGGACUCUCAUGCCCAGGAGCUGACCCAGCAAGAACUGCCUGAGAUCCUCUCCCUGCUGCCCAGCCUUUCCGGACAGAGGGUCCUAGAGCUGGGCGCCGGCAUCGGUAGGUACACCAGCCACCUGUUGACCCAGGCCAGUCACGUGACAGCGGUCGACUUCAUGGAGAGCUUCGUGGAGAAGAACAGACAGGACAACAGUCACCAUGGCAACGCCUCCUUCCUCCAGGCAGACGUCACCAAGCUGGACUUCCCCAAAAACAGUUUUGACAUCAUCUUCUCCAACUGGCUGCUGAUGUAUCUGAGUGACGAGGAGCUGAGGUCACUAACAGAGAGGAUGCUGGGAUGGCUCCGCCUCGGAGGAUACCUGUUUUUCAGGGAGUCCUGCAACCACCAAUCAGGUGACUAUAAGAGGACCUUUAACCCCACCCACUACAGAUCGUCGGCCCACUACAGUCACCUGGUGACAACAACACUGCGGGAGGAGUCAGAGGGGGCGGAAAAGCAGGUGUUUGGCUUUGACAUCGUGCUCAAUAAAAUCGUGCAGACAUACAUCAAGAUGAAGAACAACCAGAACCAGGUGUGUUGGCUGUUGGAGAAGGUGGGUCGGGACACCGCCUGUCAAGAAGGCUUCAGAACCUUCCAGCAGUUCCUGGACAACCAGCAGUACACACGCAAAGGCAUCCUGCGAUACGAGAAGAUGUUUGGGGCAGGAUACGUCAGCACUGGGGGACCCAGCACUACCAAGGAGUUUGUUGACCUGCUGAACUUGAAGCCUGGGAUGAAGGUGCUGGAUGUGGGGUGUGGCAUUGGUGGUGGAAACUUCUACAUGGCAAAGGCCUUCGGCGUGGAGGUGCUGGGCCUGGACCUGUCAGCCAACAUGGUGGAUAUCGCCAUAGAGAGGGCCAUGGAGGAGAAGCUUCCAUCGGUCCAUUUCGAGGUGGCCGACGCCACUAAGAGAGAGUUCCCAGAAGGGUCGUUUGAUGUGGUCUACAGUCGAGACACCAUCCUGCACAUCGACGACAAACUGGCACUGUUAAAACGCUUCCAUUCGUGGUUGAAGCCCACUGGCCAGGUUCUGAUCACUGACUACUGCUGUGGAGAGAAGCCCUGGACUCCUCAGUUCCAGGAGUACGUCAAACAGAGAGGUUACAUUCUCUACACCCCACCAGAAUACGGCAAGUUCCUCCAGCAGGCAGGUUUCUCUAACGUACGUGCUGAGGACAGGACAGCUCAGUUCACGCAGGUGAUCCAGACAGAGCUGGAGAGAGCAGCAGCCAUGAAAGACGAGUUCAUUGAGGAGUUCUCAGAGGAAGACUACCUGGCCAUAGUGAACGGCUGGAGAGACAAACUAAAACGCUGCGACACUGGGGACCAACGCUGGGGUCUAUUCCAUGCAACAAGGAACUGAGAGAGAGAUGGAGAGGAGAGAAGUAUCCCUUCAGGGGGGAGGGUUCAGUGCCUGGUCCCAGCUCCACUGCUACCAGAUCAACUAGAGGUGCUUACUAGACAUCAGUAGCCUCUAGUCUGAGAUGAUCUUGUGGCACGUACAGAUUGUGAAGUAUUUGAAAAAUGGUCGUUAUCCAGGUACCAGUCUAACCGGUGUCUUUGGUUUGAAAGGCGAAAAUGAACCUUUUUACCAAAGUAAAUUUUAUUAGACAUUUUAACUUUGUGUAAAUUCGACCCGACAAUUUUUUUGUUAUCAGAUGUGAAUGUGCAUCAUUUCCCAGUCUGUACUAUCAACAUACCAUAGUUUGAUAACUUUUACAAAUAAAAUGUUGAAAACACUCUGUUUGCCCUG